GCUGUCACUUGUUGCGUCGUCCUCGCGCCGCGACCCUAGUCCCUCCCUUUCAAUAGUUCAAAUUAAAAUCCUCCCUCUCUUUCUCUCUUGUUCGCGCGUGCGUUAGAAACGGGAAGAGUGAGAGAGAGAAAGAGAGUGUGAGAGAUAAAUAGUGCGAGUCAGAAAACAAGAGGAAGGUGUUUCAAUCAAAUCAUUUAAGUGUCGCUAAAUUUGGAUCAUUCCAUUCCACUUUUCUUUCCAAUAAACUUCCUUCCAAUUUUUUUUUUCUAUAUUUUGUCUCUGGAAAUGCAAACAAUGGCGUAUCUAAACGAUAACAAGUAUAUGAUCGAGAAUGGAGCCAGGAAACAAGCGGACCGAUGAGAAGAAUUUAGAGGAAGACAGGUACAAAAAUAGAAAUUUAGUAUUGACCGAAGAAAAAGAAGAAAUAUCUACGAAAUUACGCGUUCAUAAGGUGGACAAAUUAACGACCAUUGAACAAAUCCUUCUAACCUCUUCGAGUAGUAAUAAAAAGAAGGACAAUAUAGUCGCGAAACAUUUUGUAGAAGAAAAAGAAGGAGGAAAUAACAAAAAUAAUAAUAUUAAAAAAAAGAAAGAAAAUUUGAUCGUUAGAGGUAGAACUUCGUUUCCAUCAUUGAAUGAAAAAAUCAAGCCAAUUAAAUUGAUCAAACGUCCAACGAUCGGUACUUUGGUAGUCAAAGGUUUGGAUCCGAAAAACUUGGUAAUAAAAGAAGACAAAGAAGAUAGACAAGUUUCCGAUGAGAAUGAUCAAGAUAUUUUGAUAAAAAAGGAACAAUUUAAUAAGAACAGAAGAUCGGUUGACAACGAGGACGAUGAAGAUGAGGAAAAAAAGUGUAAGCAGAGUCCGUUAGAUCGUUUGGAGGAAAGUAGAUCGAAGAUUAAAGUAUUACAAGAUAAUCUUGGUACGCAGAUACAAGCUAUCACUGCGUUAAGUUACAACGAAGAAUUAUCUAAUCGUCCUUUAAGAUCAUCGGUAGAAAUCGAUACGAAUUCUUUGAGCGAGAUAUCAUUCGAUCCGGAAUUUUUACAACGUCAAAGAUUAGACGAGAGAUUAGAGAUCGAAGAAAGUCAUAGAAAACCGCGUUACAGUAAAAAAGUAUUGGAAAUAGAAAGAAGAUGGUCCGGUGAAUUUCUUCGUUGCAAAUCAGGAAAGAAUCAUGACCGAUCUAAUUCGUCGUCGUCGUCUAAAUCAUCCUACGUCGAAGAAUUUGGUAGCGUGUCCUCGGGCGAAAGUAUAAUCGAAGAAGGACAGAUAAGUUUUUCGAACGUGCAAUUAAAUGAUCAAGAAGGAUCGAGUAUAAGACAUUCGGAAGAAUUUUUAGAAGGUAGCACUGUGAGUACUCUUGGUUCGGAUUCUGGUUUAGACGGUGAGGAUAAAAAACUUGUAAACGAGGAUAUCGAUCAUCGAUCAUCGGAUAGAUCAUUCGAGGAAGAUUUAUCUAGGAUUAACGAGCGGUUGAUGAUACCUUGCGAACACGGUAAUCAAGAAAUUAAUUAUAAGGAAUCGUCAUCAUCGAUAGCAACUGCAAAUACUAAGACAAAUACGAAAGACGGUUACGCCAAAUUGAUAAGAGAAUUUACGAUGGAGCCAGGAGUAUCCAGAGUAAAGAAAGAAGAGAAGCAAAAAAAGAAAUCCGGUCUGAGAAGAUUAUUGCCAGGAUUUUUUUCCCCGAAAGAUUCCCGCAAGGAUUACAAUAAAAAGAAGGAACGGAAGGAGAGAAGGAAACAGGACGAGAGACAUUUUACUCGUUAUCAACAAAAUGGCAAUUACACUAGAUCCCCGGACACUAUGAAUUUGAACGAGGAUAUCAAAAGAAACGUCAAAUUAGAUAACAGUUUGAACGGGUCGAUAAUCGAGGAAAGAUUAGACGAGAUCAAACGUGAAUUGUUUCCUGAUCAAGGAUUGAUCACCAGUACUCCUGAUCAUUUUUCAUUAAAUGACGAAGGAAGAACGAAGAUGAUACAGCAAACUAAAUAUCGUGCAAAUGAUUCCAGUCCAAGGUCCAUUGGUCCGGAUGACAGAUGGUACGAUAGAAAAAUCUUAUCGCCUGAUAAUAACAAAUACGAAGAGAGAAGCAUAGCCGAGGAUGGGGAAAUUAAAACAGGAUUGGAGUUAGACAACCGAAGAAUAGGGCCUGGUGGACAAUUGGAACGUAAACAUAGUCUGCAAGAAGCGAAUCGUGGUCGUAUGUUCUUUCAAAGAAAUCACGGUCCAUCCGGAAGGAUUUCGGCACCACCUACUGAAAGAUUUUUCCAUAAAUCGAGAAUAGUUCGACCAAUGGACAGACCACUUCCAGCUAUACCACGUUCGAGAAUCGAAUUAUGCAAUUAUGAAAAUGAUGAAAGAGAAGAGUCACAGGAAUUAGAAUCACGUGGAGAAAAUGAUGAUAAUGAAGUUAGCAGGCAAGCUGUUUCGAUUGUCAUCGAUUCGCCGAACGAUAGAACGCUGAAAUAUUCCUCUCCAGUAUCUAGCCAGAAGUCGGGAGAUUAUGCUGAUUCUUGUUGUACUCCUAAUUCCAGUCAGAAGAGUGAAUUUUCACCGUCCAGUUCGAAAAGUGGUGAAUAUUAUCUGAACUCGCCGAGAACUAGCGCGAGGACAUCGCCAACAACCAGCAGCAUACAGACUGAAGGGAUUUAUGCUAAUGAUACUACUCGACCAUCGAAGAAUCCUGAUUUCGAAGAAGAAAUCGAAGAACGUGUCUACGACGAGACCCCACCCUCUCCGUUCAGGGAAGAUGAUUCUGUUAAUAGAAAAGAGGGUGACGUUGGUGUAACGAAUAAAACUUUGCUAAACAGUAAGAAAAGCUUGUCGUCACCACGAGGAAUGCAAAGAAAGGCACAACCCGGUGAUCAAAUUUUGAUAGCUUCACCGAAACGAGAAGUCAUUUAUGAUAGAAAAACGUUUGCUAAUCUCGAACGUAUACGUCCAGAAUCACCAAUAACGGUAUCCAAUUCGCCCAAGGAACGUAUCGAGAGCAAUUUCUCUAAAGGUAAGGAAUAUCAAGAAGGCCAACGUAAUCGUGACAAAAUACAGGGUCAUAGGUCAGCAAGUUUGCCACCGUUUUCGAUGAUUCCAACGGCUUCAGGUAAUACACCUUGUACGAUGAAGAAUCUUCAAAGGCCCGAACCCGUUUACGCCACUUCUCGUUUACGAACGGGAUCAAGUCCACGUAGGAGAAACGUCAAUGAUGUUUCUGGGCCAGCAACAUCUGUCUCGAGCCAAGAAAAGAUUUAUACCAGCAAAGGUUCUCUCCAACGUGAACCGAUAUCAGAAAGGCAAAGACCUAUCGAAGGUAACGUGUAUCAUGGACAAGUUAAUUGUCCAAUCAAUUGUAAUCCAACAUCACCUACGAAAAGACGAACUAUGCAACAUCUCGAAGCUUUUUAUUGGCAACAGAAAGCUUUGGAAGCUAAUCGAAAGACUGGGUUGCCAGCAGCUAACAACAAUGAUUCACCAAUUCGUGAAACAACCAAUCGUGAAAAACAAACUUCUCUGAAGAUCAAUUUACCGGAAAUUCGAGAAGCUGUUUAUUGGCAACAGUUGAAGAAACUUGACGAGGAACAACAAAGGCGAAUUUAUGAAAGAAAUUUAAUGGAAGAUAGAAGACUCGAUAACAGAUCAGUUUCGAAUCGUCAGAGUGGUCGAUCAAGCAUCCGUCAACCUGUCCCUAUUACUAAUACUAAUAUUCCUGUUACUGCAUCAACCGAUUCUAACAUAGAUCGAUCUUAUUGGGCUAAUGAAAAAUCUCGUGCUACGAAAAGCAAUAAUCCAUUGAGACCUAAUUUGAUUAAAGGUUCGGCGCAACCAAUUUUAAUAGUCAGACCUCAACAGGCAAUUCGUGAGCUACCAAUCAAAUCUGUCGACGAUUCUUCCAGAUUAAGUCCCAGAAGAUCGAAGAGCGCAUCACCUCAUUUACGUGCUAAUCGUAAUCUGAACAAACUCGAUAACAAUUCUUCCUACACUUACGAGGAUGAUAACGAUAACGAUGGUAAGCAACCUCGACCCCAUCCAAUAUUUAAACGAGGAAGUCUAGUGAGCAGUGACUCUGUUGAAUAUGCUGGCAGUGCUACGAAAAGAGUUAGUUUUUCUAAUCAAAAUGUUGGCAACGAAUUACCCAAUGGUAAUUGGCCAACCAAACAUGGCACGGCAUCCGAACCACCAACCAGAAGACACAGAAGUGAAGACAGUGUUUCCGAUACCGAUUCCGUAUUCAUUCGUGAUCCUAAUUUAGAUAUCAUUUAUACCCCGUAUCAUCCUAACACUUCUUGUUCGCGUAAUUUAGAAGCAAGUUAUGCUUAUCAUCGAAUCCCUCAAAAUAAUAAUAAAUGUGUGCCUCAAGAAUACGACGCGGAUAGACCAUUACCACCUUUACCCAAGGAACCAUCAAACGUUACUCAAGCUCAGAGAUGGAACGUUGUUCCUCAUAAUUACCGGAAGUGGCCUGCUCUUUGCGAAAGCGAAAGCGGAAGCGAAGCUGCCGGUGAGGUUCAACGAAUAUUUGGCAGAAACGAUGAGGAAGAGUGGAAUCCAGAUGGAAAAGGUCGACAAUCCAAUGAUACCGGUGGAUCCGGCAGGGUGGAGGGUGAAGUUGGCUCGAACGAGCUUACCCUCACACCGGGUAGACGAAGUAUCGGGGGAGGUGGAGGAAGCAUCGGUGGUGGUGGCGGAGGUGGAGGGGGAGGAGGAGGAGGAGGAGGGGGAGGAGGUGGUGGUCCAGGAAUUGGCGUGGUUGGUAGUGGUGGUAUCGGUGGUGUUGGAGGAAACGAGAUUGGAAGUGGUGGAGGAAGGGCAGGUGGAGGAGGUGGGAGCCGUUCGAGGGACGAACCCAGAAGGCACACCCUUGGUGGUGAUCAUCAACCGUCUCUUCAUCAUCAACAGUUCAACGCCGGGGGCCAACAAUUGCACCCCCUUCAUCCCCGUCACUUGCCGCCACCCCACAGCCAAUACGGCACCAUGGAUCUCGAGAUGGGGACCAAGUCUCGCCAGAGAAAGUCGCCUCUUCUUCGUGGUUAUACACCAACCUCGUCAGCCAUGUUAUUCGACGAUGAUCCAGGAAUCAUGUCCGAAGUUGAAACCUCCAGCACUGGAUUUCGUAGGGGUGGAAAACAAAGAAGUAGUCUACCCGUUGUCCGAACUCCUAGCAAAACUUUGGAACGACCAUUAGACGAUUCCCCAGGACUGGUGUUCCUACAGUACAGGAACGAGACGAAGAGGGCACUUCUCCCAAACGAAAUAACCAGCAUAGAUACUGUAAAAGCUCUCUUCGUCAGAAGCUUUCCUAAACAGUUAACUAUGGAAUAUCUCGACAGUCCUCAUGUCAAGGUUUACAUUCACGAUAGUAACAAAAACGUCUUCUAUGAACUAGAGGAUCAUAGGUUACAUCUACGUGAUAUAAGGGACAGAAGCGUAUUAAAACUUUUCGAAAGUGCCGACGGAGUAGCUGGAAUGCCAGGACCUUUGGGUAUACCAGGAGGUGGAGGACUACCACCUCAUUGGGAGGAUCAAAGUUAUUUCAGUGAGCCUGAAUUUGACAGCGAGUAUCAACAUCAACAUAUUCACAAGAGCAAGACAGCAAAAAAUUCGAAUUCCGGUAGUGGUGGAUAUUACGUUGGUGGUAGUAGUACUUUACCUCGAGGUGGACCUCUUUUAAGGGCGUAUAGUCCAGCAGCAUCUUCUGUUGUAGCAGGACCAAAUGCAACCCCAACCCAACCGAAGCCAUUAUCUACACCAGGUGGUGGCGCGGUGCCGCCAGCCAAGCCGCUUCGAAGCUACCAGUGCGGCAAAAAUCCCCUUGGAAGUCUUGGGGGCUCUGCUCGUUUCUCUAGAGACAGCUCGGUCUCCCUCUAUAGUAUACCAGAUCGAUUACACGGAGAAAGUGGUUAUAUGAGCAGUCCUGAACGAGGUGGUGGUGUUGGAUCUGCUACCGGAAGGUAUCCACCUGGUCCCUAUAGUACUGGUAGCAGUUACGAAGAACCUUAUUAUUCGCAGUACUCCGGAACAGUUACACCUGUCAUCGAUGAAGAAGCAAGUUGUGGGUGGUGCAGCGAUACGGAGCUAUUGGAGGAAUCUUACAGCCUGUACGGCGUGAAACCACCAGGUCGACCACCUUCUGGACCCCCUCGAUCUCCGUUCAUACCACCAACGGCAGCCCCUAUACCCACUGGACAGAGCUACGACGCUACUCGGAUAAGGGUGGAACACAUGGAAAGACAAUUGGCUAAUCUGACGGGUCUGGUUCACAAAGCGUUGACACAUGCACCACACACGAGCCCAUCACCGAGAGACUACUUACAGGUUCCUGCAGGUCGUGACCCUUAUGCGCGAACUACAGGCGCCGGGGAUGAGUUCGACAAACAUUCUAGCUCCAGCUCUGCCUCACUGCCAGUCUGUCAAACUACCGUUACAGAUGACUCAUUCUUAAGGACAGAUGUUAAACCACCGAAAUUAGGCAAAGACAAGUCGGUGUCCUUUGAAAAGUCAGUGUCCUUCAGUGACGAGCCACCAGAUAUGAACUCACCGAAACAACAUUCCCCUCAGCACGCAGCGGAUACAAAGCCUACGAAACCGGCAAUCAAAUCCUCCACGUUGCCGAGGAUGUCUUCGCAAGAACGAGAGAGACACAAGCCAACGCCACCACCAAAACCAGCAGCCUUGGUAGCUGGUCAAUAUGUCUACCGUGAUUUAGCCUUGACACCAGAGAUGUAUAAUCAAUUGAGAGGAUUACAGAAAAAAGCUAAGGAUCUUAGACAGGAUGUUAGGAAUCUCCGACGCUUGUCACAAUCUCAAGCUCAUACUAUACGUGAAACUAUUAGGGAUACUUUCAUCACGAUCAGAGCAAUGUUAUUGUCCGGUGGUGAUGCUGCUUGGACAACUGGUGAUGCCGAAAAAGUUCGACUAAGUCGAGAGGAAGACCUCUACAAACAGGAAAUGCUUAGGCUGGAAAAAGAUCUUACCGAGCUCGAGAGUACGGUGGAGGAACUUCGUGGUAACGUCAUCAAUAGAAAAACACGUGUUAAUAUGUCAGACGUGGAAAAUAUGGCAUUGAUAUUAAAUAAAUCGAGCACAGCCGUGGCGGAUCUGAAGGUACGAUUUCCAAGUCUACAAGAAGGUAUGAAAGGUCUUUUAAGUUCGGAAAUGGAAAAAAUCGUACGAGAGGAGAAGUUCCUAAAGGAAGAACCUGAACGAUUGGAGUCUGCAUUGAAACGUUGCAAAAAAUUAACGGGAACGCUCGUUACGCUUAAACGCUUGGCCUCGGUGCAAGAGCAGCGAUUACCAAAUGCAGCAAGCGUAGAUGCUGAAGAAACACCACCUAUAACACCAACAUCUGCACAACAUUCAAAGGCAGCUGCCCCUGUGCCAGCGGAACGCACUGUCUUGGGGUCAACGAGCGUCCUCGGGGGAGGGAGCCACCCUCACGAGCCACCCACCACCCAUCAGCAGCGUCCGGAGAACGCACUCGACGCUUUGUUAGACGAACUGCAGACUUUUUCAAGGCCAGGCUCUCAAAUGGGUCAAGCACCAGUGUCGGCAGCUGUGAUACAACAGCAACCACCAGUAAUAGGACAAGUAACAACAACGACAACAACAAUAACAGGACCAGGAAGAGCACCCUGUAUAUCAGAAAUCGGAAGAAAGGGAAGCGUCGAUUCGUCGAGUGGAAUUUUAGCAAGUAAUCUGAUCGGUGGUUUGAGCAUUUCAAGCGGAGGACUUGGCCCAAGUGGAACUUUGCGUCGUUUGCAUUCUUACCCGUCUAGUUCGGACACGGAUACCUCGCCACCGAUAGCAAGACUCCAAGUAUCCCUUCAAGAGCAGCCAGGAAUACCGCAAGCGUUAUUACCAGGACAAAAACCACCCGUGCCGGAGCGUAACGCCGAAUUAUUACAAUUGGCUAGCGCAAGAAGAGUCCCACCGCCCCCACCACCACGAACUAGUUCAAGAUCACCUUUGGCAAGUCCAACGAGUCCACAAUUACCACCGAGAAAUCAUCAAUCCUCGUCUUCAUCUUCGUCCUCUUCUUCGUGUACUGUAGCCCAACAAUUAGUUACUGGUAUUAGUAACGCUCCGAUCCCUAUAAUGACUAGUUCAACGUCUACUCUGCGAAGACCGUUAACUCGCGGCAAAGAAGGAACUAUUGGUAAACCACCUAUGGCAUUACCAUCGUCUGAAGUAGUCGAUGGUCCUCCUAUAUCUUGCCCUGUCCUAUCAACGAGUAACUCGAGCUCUUGCGAAAGCGUCAAUUCUCAAGAAGGUUUGCAAAGUAAGAGAGGUAGACAAGAACAAUUGGAACAACGUCAUCAAGAAUUAUUACGUAAACAGAAAGCUUUGCAAGAACAAUAUGCGAGACUUCAACAAUUGCAAAGAAACGCGGCUGGUUUGGCAACCGUACCACCUGCACCUCCAGAUUUAUUAAAGAAAACUGGAUCGGAAAGUAAUCUUUUAGCAAAAAUGGGAUUGGGAAUGAGUGCUGCCAGUUCGGGUUCGUUGACAAGUCUAAGCGUUAAAACUGCGACCCUUGGAAGAGAUGCUGCUGCUGCUGCUAUUAAUUCCGAUUUAAGUAACUCGCGUACGAGAUUCGAAGAAUCCUCAUCUUCAUCUUCGUUAGAACCAACACUUGUCUUAGCCGUUUCUAAUACCAAUUCCGAUCACCACACGAACGUGACUAAUAUGGUAACUGCGAUAGAUAACAACAACAUCCUUACGACGGGUACAUCUAUUGGGUCCUCCGCCACUUCAGCUGUUUCUGCUGCUGCUAUCAACACCAAUACCAACACCACCACGACAACUACCAACAAAAUCUACGAAACAGACAUUCUGUGACCGAAAAAAAGGUUACAGAAUUUAUCUUCUAAACCGUUAGACCUAAUCGAAAUACUUCUCGCGAGUUAACGUCGUCGUUUCUGUCGUCGUUAUCGAAGAUAUGAUAAUGAAACAAAAACAAGGAACCUGUCUAUGGGAAGAAUCUCGAAAUUAUCUUCUCUCUCUCUCUCUCUCUCUCCCUUUCUCACUUUUAAAAACGAUCACGUUUCGAUUAUUAUCAAAUUUUGUUCGGUCGUGAUUCGUUCGUGCCAAAUGAUGACAAAAAUGAACGAAAAAAAGUACACUAAAUCUGCAAGAAAAAGAUACGCAAACACAAAAAAAGAAAGAAAAACAAAAAGAAAAAAAGAAAGAAAGAAAGAAAGAAAGAAAGAGAGAGAGAAAUAAGGAAUAGAAUUUUUUUUAAAUAAAACAACAACCCAACACAUUUAACCCUCUUAUCUAAUAUCGUCGUUAGAACGUACGUAAAAAACGAAAUAUUUAUAAAAAAAAAAAAGAAAGAAGAAGAAA